ACCUCACAUCGCUCACACACUCUCUUCGCGUCCCUGCAUGGCCAUCACCGCAAGCCUGGAUGUACCUCAUACCACGCGUCCUUGCCCGCACGGACAACCCCCACUCCCUCGUUCUCCCCUCCUUUGACCUUCACAUCGUGCGACAUCACUCCGCCUUUGGUCUCCGGCAUAUCGAGUUUGGCGACACCCACCUCUCCGGGCAGGCCGAGGCAGACCUUCUCACGUGGUUGGAUGGCCAAACUAAUGUCGUUUCAUUGCGAUUUCCGUCCCUGCUUGAAGAUGACGAUGGUGACGAGUCACCACCGUCUACGCCACUUCCCGCCACUCGGAUGCGUACACAGCUUCUCUCCGCGCCCCACCACAGCUAGUCGGCUGUCUCUAUUUCCGAUGCCUCCGCUAUCCCCGCUACCACCGACUCCAACACCCACUCAAGAUCCUUUCACGCAUCCCGUCGCUACCCUUCUCCCUAAUCUCACAACCCUGCAUGCCCCGCCACACCUAAUAAUCCUCCUUGCACCCUCUCGCCCUCUAAUCGACGUGUCUAUAACCAUCUCCACCCCAAUAUAUGCGGGUUUCGUCCUACAUCCACUCUCGAAUCUCUCCCUCCCUCCGUUCGCUGUCUCCACUUUGUCUUCAAGUCCGUCGGUAAACGCAAAGAAGAAAAGAAUCUCCGAAGCGAGGUCGUCACAUACCCCAACAUUGAGGAACUCGAGAUCGAAGGAGAGGGCGGCGAGGCGUAUUGGGGUGGCGUCGUUUCCCACAUUAAGUCUCUCCGGGUACUGGUUAUGCGUAAACUGGGGAUCGCACAAGUGAAACCAGCGAAGGAAGAGUUCGACGAGAGGUUCCCUCUCCC